UAAGCAACGUUUUGUGUCGAAACCCUUCGUCAGACUGAUGUGGGGCGGGAGGAAGAAAGGAAGAGGUGGAGCCAAACGGCUGAGGGAGAGCUGAGAAGGGGAGGAGAAAGUAAGGACUGCCUUAAAUUAGAGAAGUCAAUGUUCAUACUGCUGGGAUGCAAAUUGCCCAAGCAAAAUAUGAGGUGCUGCUCCUCCAAUUUACGGUGGUCCUCACUCUGGCCAUGGAGGAGGCCCGGGAUAGAAAGGUCGGAUUUAGAAUGGGAGGGGGAGUUGAAGUGCUGAGCCACCAGAAGAUCAGCUGCCAAAGUGCACAUGCAAGAGAGGUUGACUGGAGAAGACUCAAUAGUACCAUCUGGUGGCCAGUUUUGAAAGCACAGGAUGACCCUUGAAGCUGUGAAUCCAAUUGAAAGUAAAUGCAUGGGGAUCUACAAUGGAAUAAAGUGUAAUGAACGUUGUACAGAUUGAUAGGCCUGUAUUGUUUUAAAUGGGACAUAGAUAGAAUGGGAAUUUUGCUUAACAUAUAAACAUUCAAAUGAUUAAAGCUCUAUGGUGGGAAAAAAUCCGAUUCCACAAUCCUAUUCCUGACUGCUGCUCGCCUUUCUUGUAAAUCUCCUCUCCAAAACUUUGUGGAAUUAGGUGACCAACAUUGGACAAAAUACUCUACAUGAGGAUGGUUUGGUCCAGUUCUAUAAUGUUUCAGCAUCACAUCCUUGCUUUUAUACUCCAUGGCUUCAUGUAUGUUGUCCUCUUCCUAAAUGUUUAAAAUGGUAUUCCAAAUUAAUUAAUACCAUAUAAUUUAUUAACAAUUAUUGAAGGCAAUUCUCUGGCUUAUAUCCUUAAAUUAUGCAGUACCUGCACAUUAAAUAUACUUCAGGUGUCAAAAGUUGUUAAGUGGGUGUACUUUAUUCAUAAAGGUCAGCCCUCAGACUUUACUGGAAUAGCUUGCAUUUUGGCUCUGUUUUCCUCAUUCAAACCCUUGCUCAGCUGCUCUCUGUACUGCCUCUUGCACUUGAAUGUUCCCCUUGUUUAUGAUAUUUGAAAUAGGACGCUGUAUUUAAAAUAUCAUCUGACCAGAGCAGUGUUGACCAGCUCAGCCAUCCUCAGACUUGUACUCUCUUGAUAAACAAAACUUUAAAAUCUUUUAAAGUUUCCUAGCCAUAUUUUCCCAUUAUAAAGGACAUGGGAAUUUUUAUGGCUCCUAAUAGCCAGCAUAAUUAAAAUGCUCAAAUGAAAUGGAAAAUGUUACUUACAUCUCAUGUGUAAAUGACUCUUAUAAACAGGAACUGGGGGCUUAUGGAAAGGAUAACACCUUGCAGAGUUUUCUGGCAAUCAAUGAAUGAGCUUGGAUGUAAAAUUAGAAUAUAGGAAAUAGAAGUAGAAAGAGGUCUUCCAGCCCUUUGAGCAGUUCCAUAAUUCAGUGAGAUCAUGGGUGGUCUUCUUUACUUUCUGGCUUGUUUCAAUAUCGUCUGAUCUCCUUAAGUGCCCAAAAACCUAGUUAUCUCAGCAUUCAACAUUGUAACAGACAGGUUUUAGUAUUUUUAGCUUGCAGUAACAAACAUAAACUUACGGCUAUUUAUAGCUUUAUUUUUGAAAAUCCUGCAGGAAAGUAAAAGCCCUGUCCCACGGUACGAGUUCAUUCCAAGAGCUCUCCCGAGUUUGCCCUGAUUCGAACUCGGAGAUUUACAGUAAUGGCCACUCGUCAGUACUCAGGGCUCUCAUGGACAUUUUUCAACAUGUUGAAAAAUCUUCACGAGUCUUCCCGUGCUUACCUGCCAUUAGCGAGUCUUCCCGAGCACCUGCCGUUAGCGUUACGAGACGCUAAGAGACGUCCCCUAGCUCUGACGUACUCGCUACGUUCAUUCUCCGUGCUUACCACAAGUUUGAUUUUUUUUUUAACUCGGGAGAGCUCUUGGAAUGAACUCUUACCAUGGGACAGGGCUAUCAAUUUGCUAUUGCAAGUCUGAACCUUUCCAGCCCCUAACCCCCUUUUCCCAUUGACAUAAUUGUUUUUAUAAUGCAAUUUUCUAUUACACAAGAUGACUUAGGAUUGCAACUAUCACAAUGAUCGCAUUAUAAUAAGACUACAUGUCCUUCAUGAUUAAACAUUGACAGCCCACUGAGGUAGAAAAUUCCAAAGACUCUUGAGUUAAAGAAAACAGGGUUUGAGCAUCUACCCUGUCUACCCCUCUCAGAUUCAUUACUCAGUAAGAUCAUAGCCCAUUUUUCUAAGUUACAUUAAGUAUACUUAAACACCACCUGAGGAUGAACCCUUCAUUCCAGGAAUCAAUUGAGUAAACUUACAGUGUACUAACUCCAAUGCAACCAUAUCUUCCUUUACAUAUGGAGAGUAUUUUACAUGGCGUUCCAAUGAAGUCUUACCAAUUCUCUUCUAUGAGACUUACAUAUUUUGGUACUCAUGACUCAUUGCAGGAAAGGUCAUGAUUGCUUUCCCAAUUGCUUGCUACUAUUUGGAUAUUUAUUUUUUUAAUUUAAUGAACUAGUGCACCAACGUUGUUCCAUACAUUUACAUUCAUAUAUCAAAUUAUGAGAGGCAAGUAUUAUGUUUUACUCUUGUUUGCUGUGGCAAACUGAAAUUGCUUCAUUAAAUCCUAUUGUCGAUUUUCUGUUCAUUAAUAUUUUCUCCACCAAUUUAACCCCAUGAGCUCUUUGUAUCCAUGCUUCAUAAGAUUACUGGCUGUAAAGGUCAUUUUUGGGUUGGGUGGCUAUAUCUGAUUAAGAGUUGCAGGGAUCACUGCUGGGUCCCAAGUUGUUCAUUAUCAAUAUCUAUGAUUUCGAUAAGGGGACAAGUCUAACAUAUAAAUUCAAUAAAAUAUACUAUAGAUCAGGCAGUGUCUGCAGAAAGAGAAAUGGGGUUAAUAAUUCAGGUUGAAAAUCUUUUGUCAGUUCUAUAUUGAAUGGCUUUACUUACCCUGAGAAAUUUGUUUGAAAUUAAACCAAAAAUUUUCUUUCUGGCAAAAUUAAUUAAUUUUUUUUACAUUUUAAUACCAGGUUUGGCAUUCUUUGGACAGUUUUAGAAUGACAUCAUGCUCAGAUUGGUUAAUCAUAAACGACUAGUUUACAGCCUCUGUUGAUUUUAUUGAGCUGGUUUUUGGACAUUGGACCUUUUUUUUCCAAAACUUCCAACUCUCACUGCUGUGUCGCUCAAAUUACCCAGCCUGUGGGAUGGGCCAGUCGAGGACACUGCAGGGAGUUUGUGUUAUUCUCAGUUCUGAACUCCCUUAUGAUGAUAGGCAGAGCCUACCAUUAGACAUACGAUACUAACUGAUGAUGCAAUUUUCCCAGGACUUUUGCUUCUUAAGGCCCUUUAGAUAGAUUAUGGUCCUUGCUGAUGGUGAGAAUUGGAAAACGUUGUCUCCACAAUUUUCAGGGAAGUAUUACCAAAUUGUGUCAACAGGAAUCCUCAAAUAGUAUCCCCAACAUGUUGCUCGCAGUUGGGGAAUAGAUGAACAUAAAGUCUUAGGUGUUAGAUAAUUUAGUGACAAUGACGUUCACUAGUUUACGGCCAAUUAAGGUAAAAUCAUUUACAUGGUUUUAUGAUUAUUCUUGAUGUUUACAUUCAAUUUUAGUGAUUCGAUUUGCUGCUUUAUAAAUGGUGGUGCAGCCAACAGUGCUGUCUGUGUGGAGUUUGCACAUUCUUCCUGUGACUACGUGGGGUUCCUCAGCAGGGAGAAUUCUUCUUCUUUGCUUUGAUUAGUUCCACAAGGUCGUAUUUACAGUGCCCUACAUAAUGUUUGGGACAAAGACCAAUCAUUUAUUUAUUUGCCUCUGUACUCCACAAUUUGAGAUUUGUAAUAGAAAAAAAAUCACAUGUGGUUGAAGUGCACAUUGUCAGAUUUAAAUAAGGCAAUUUUUAUACAAUUUCGUUUCGCCAUGUAGAAAUUACAGCAGUGUUUAUACAUCGACCCCCCAUUUCAGGGCACCAUAAUGUUUGGGACACAACAAUGUCAUGUCAAUGAAAAUAGUCAUGUUUAGUACUUUGUUGCAUAUCCUUUGCAUGCAAUGACAACUUGAAGUCUGCGAUUCAUGAACAUCACCAGUUGCUGGGUGUCCUCUCUGGUGAUGCUCUGCCAGGCCUGUAUUGCGGCCAUCUUUAGCUUAUGCUUGUUUUGGGGGCUAGUCCCCUUUAGUUUUCUCUUCCUUAUAUAAAAGGCAUGCUCAAUUGGGUUCAGAUCGGGUGGUUGACUUGGCCACUCAAGAAUUAACCAAUUUUUAGCUUUGAGAAAUUCCUUUGUUGCUUUAGCAGUAUGUUUGGGAUCAUUGUCUUGCUGUAGAAUGAACCGCCAGCCAAUGAGUUUUGAGGCAUUUGUUUGAAUGUGAGCAGAUAGGAUGUGUUUAUACACUUCAGAAUUCAUUAUGCUACUACCAUCAGCAGUUGUAUCAUCUCGUAUAUUGCAAAACAUACUUGGCUAAUAAAGUGUGAUUAUGAUUAUGAAACCAAAACAUUGUCUGUCCAUUUUGCUCAACAGUUGCUCUUGUGUCUCUUAUACUUGUAGUGUAACUGUUCCAUUUUGAAAGAAAUUUAUAUUUUCAGCUGGUAACUAUACUUUUCAGCUAUUGGAUAUGCAGGGCCCUCCAAACAUGAAUCAGCUUUAGCAGCAGACAGUGUUUGAUGCAAUGUCUGUUCCAAACGAGCGAAUGGAAGAGUGAAUUAUUUCUUGUCAUGUGCCUGGUGAUGAUCUCUUCUUAUUGAGUGAAUGAAGCAAGUAUAGCUCAGUUAUCCUGCAAUUUGUUCUUGGGGAAUUACUAAUGGUUACAAUUAAGGAUAAAAUAGCAGAAUAAACGCUAUAAAAAUGAUCUUUUUACCACAAAUCCUAUACCUAUUUCAAUCAAUACCUAUAUAUCUCCCAAAAAAGUUUUUCAAAAAAUUGGACUCAGACAUUACAAAUUUUAUAUAUUUUAUAGAAUACAAAGAGCACACCUUAAUAAACGAAAAGAGUUGGGUGGUCUAGCGCUCCCUAACUUUAUGUAUUAUAAUUGGGCAGUAAAUAUUAAAAAUAUGAUUCACCUGCUGGACAAUUCUGCCCAGCAGGUGGACUGGAUUGUAAUGGAAAGAGAGGACUGCUCUCCGUGUAAUAUAGGAGCGACUCUCCUCUCACCAAUACAUCUGAAUAACAAAAAUUAUAAUAAAAAUCCAAUUAUACAUAGCACAAUUAGAACAUGGAAACAAAUAAAACAGAAUCUAAAAUUAAGAAACCUAUCUCUUUUAAUACCAAUAGUUAAUAAUCCAUUGUUUAAACCAUCAAUUAUAGACAAAUCAUUUAUACAAUGGGAAAGAAUGGGAAUCAAAAUGCUCGGAGAUCUGUAUGAAUUGGGAAAAUUACUAUCAUUUCAACAACUACAACUGAAAUAUAAUUUGAAAAAUAAUCAAUAUUUUAAAUAUCUUCAAAUUCGUGAUUAUCUGAAAAAAUACACAAAAGACUAUCAUAAUAUGCCUACAGACUUACUGGAUGAAGCAAUGAAGACAAAGGCGGAAUCAGCUAAUCUAAUAUCGUACUUAUAUAACAUCAUCUUAAAUAUAGAAAUACCCACAACUGAUGGAAUUAGAAGAGACUGGGAACAAGAAUUAGCUAUAAACAUUUCAAAAGAGAGCUGGGAUAAUCACUUAUUACAGGUGCAUAAAUGUUCGAUCAACGUACGACAUACUCUCAUCCAAUUCAAAACAUUACAUAGACUAUAUUAUUCAAAAACUAAAAUAAAUAAACUCUUCCCUAAUGUCUCACCCAUCUGUGAUAAAUGCCUGUGUCAAGAAGCUACCAUAGCGCAUUCUUUUGUUUUUUGUACAAAAAUACAAAAAUUCUGGAAUGAAAUAUUUGACAUCUUUACAAAAUUAAUUAAAAUAAAACUGGUACCAAAACCAGAAUGGAUUAUUUUUGGAAUAUCGGAAGGUAACCCUGAACUAAACGUGUUUCAGAAGAAUUUACUCAAUUACGGGCUAAUAAUGGGAAAAAAAGCUCAUACUUAAAUUCUGGAAAAAUGCGCCUACACCAACAAUAAAAAUGUGGAUAUCAAAUAUGUUUGAAACACUACAGCUGGAAGAGAUGAGAUUCCUCUUAGCAGGCAAACCAGACCACUUCCAAAAGAUGUGGUCUACGUUUUUGGAACUAUUACAAGCAUAAGGUGCAAUAGUAAUUUAAAAAACAAACAAAUAAAUAAAUAAAUAAAUAAAAGGUACCAGGAUCUGGCAACGGGGCGUAAAAAAACAAAACAAAAAAAACAACAAAAACAGUCUUGGUUGGUAGUCCCCUUUCUGUGGAGUUUAAUGUUAUAAUAGAGCGAUUGUUUCUCCUUUCUUUUUCCUUCUUUUCUAGGGUCUCCUUUCUUUCUUUCUUUACUUCCUUCUCUAACUUCUUUUCUAAGGGGCUUUCUUUUCUCAACACUCUCCUGCACCUUCACGACUCUUGCGCACUUUCUUUACUUUCUUUACUUCUAUCUUUUUCUUAAAGCUCAAAAAAUGAAGCGGUACAAAAAAUGUAUUAAGACAUAUGUGUUGUGUAGUAUUGUAACUUACCGACUUCUAAUAAAAAUUAAAAAAAAACAAAAAAACAAUUAAGGAUAGGAUGUUUGACCAUCUCGAAUAUUUUAAUCAGAGGCAGCAGAUGUUUGUAAAGAUGAAGUGACUAAAUGGAUAUGUCCAUGGGUUUCUAGAAGUCAUUCAAUGUAGACCCUCAUCCGGUCUCAUGGGUUCACAGUGUCCUCCAUAAUGUUUGGGACAAAGGCCCAUCAUUUAUUUAUUUGCCUCUGUACUCCACAGUUUGAGAUUUGUGAUAGAAAAAAUCACAUGUGGUUAAAGUGCACAUUGUCAGAUUUUAAUAA